AUGGCAUUGGAAGAUAUCACUUCUGCUACGAUCGUGGACGAAAUGGAUCCCGAUGAUGAAGAACAAAAAGCAAUCAUGUUGUCCAUUGCUGAAAGUACCAAAGCAAACCAAACAACAUCAGCAGCAGCACCACUACUAGCGAUCGAACAUCAUCCCAAAUGGGAACAACAUUCAUCAUCACCUUCUUCUUUGAAUCACUAUGAAGAUGAAAAUGGAGUCGUUCAUAUUAUGGAUAACGAUGCAAUGGAUAUUUCCAAAGAAGAUACAGAAUUGGCUCGAGCCAUUCAAAAAUCUCUUGAUGAAACGAAAGGAAAUCUCAUGAUGAUGGCCAGUGAGGAAUGUACACUCCGACCAAAUUGGACACCCGAAGGAGAGACUGAAACCUUUCCUUGUGGAAUUGGUUUGAAGAAUGUUGGAAAUACUUGCUAUGUGAAUGCCUUGUUGCAAUCGUAUUUUAUGAUUCCUUCCGUGUUGAAGAGUAUUAUCAAACCCAAAUCGCAAUGCACCAACGAUAAGGAACAAGCUUUGUCCGAGGGACAAUUAUUAGUGAAUAGCUUAUUCAACUCUUCAAAAGAUGAAAAGCAAGUGGAAGAUGUUCACAUGACAGAUAGUUCUCCAAUGAUUCAUGAAGGACCUUUGAAUACUUCAGGUCUUGAAGAAAAAACAAAUCAUAAUGGUUUAGAAGAAGAGUCGAGUAAGGAAUUUUUGUUGGAAUUGCAAAAAUUAUUUGCAAACAUGUUAAUUUCCAAUGCAAACUUUGUUGAUCCCACUUCCACGUUGCAAAAAUUAAAAGGAAGUGACAACAAACCCUAUCAAAUUGGAGAAAUGCAAGAUUUACCCGAAUUUAACAAUCUCUUUUUAUCAAGAUUGGAGCAAGGUAUGGAAGCUCUGUAUAAGGAAUCAAACAAAAAUAGCUUUAGCAAAUUUAAAAAUCUGUUCUAUGGAAAGAGCACAGUCUAUGUGGAAGCAGAAGAAGAGGAUAAGACGAAAACUUGUAAGAAAACUAGAGAAACAUUUAAUCACUUGAUUUUACCAAUAACUCCCGAGACUCGUACAUUCAGAGACUGCUUGGAGCUCUGUAUGAAAGAUGAUUCCAUUGAAUACACGACCGAUCGAAAUUUCAAAACUCACGCACGCAAGACGGUAUGGUUCGAGGGAAAGGGAUCAAUACCUCCAGUCCUGUUCCUUCAAACUUCGAGGGCUGUCUUUGGAAAGAACAAGCAGAUUAAAAAGCUUCACACACCAAUCAAAAUGCCAAAAGUAUUAGACCUAAGCCCAUACUUGGAAAGUAACAAAACCAUCACUGAAAAGAUUCGGACAGAACUAAAAUUAAUCAAGCAAGAUCUUGCUGAGAUUGAAAAAUCACUUCUUUCGUACACAGACAAUUUUAACAAUAGGAAUUUUGGUCUUAUCCAAGCGUUGGAGUCAUCAGCAGACCGAUUAAUUGAGUUGAGGAGGGAAUAUGGUGAGCAAGCAAAUACAGAAGACAUGACCGAAUUGUCCAUUGCCAUUCGUGUCAUACAGAAAGAACAAGAAAAACUCACAAAGAAAGUUACAGAGCUGAAGAAAAAGCAAGUCGAAUUGACAUCUGCAGUAGAAAAUGCAUUCAAAGACUCUUAUUCUGAACAUGUUAACUAUACUCUGUAUUCUAUCAUUAUGCAUUCAGGAAAGACAGCAAUUUCUGGCCAUUACUGGUGCUAUAUCAAGCAUUUAACAGAAACAGGAGAUGUCUGGUUCAAAUUUAAUGAUACCAAAGUGACAACGUUAAGCAAGGAGCAAGUGAUGAAAGAGGCCUUUGGAGAUGAUAGCUCAAGUUCUGCAUAUUGUUUGAUUUACAUUGAUGUGGAAAAGACUGGACAUUUCACUCAACGUUUGAAAGAUGAGUUGAUGAAUGAAAUACCAACAUUUAUCAAAUCGGAAAUUACACAAAAGAAUAUUGAGCUUCUUAAAAAGUGCAAUCCAACUGCAUUGAAAAGCAUGACUGGAGUUUUAGCUCCACGAGAACAAAUCAAAACUCUCAUGCUCAAUAAGAGUACUGCUGCUUCUAGUCAGGCUCUUGACUCGAAUGUUGAGCAUGAUUACAGAAUAGCCAAUAUUGCAACAUUUAUCAAGUACAUUAUUGAGCAUGUGAAUGAUGAAAAGAAAAAGAUUCAACUCCACAAUUUGUUCCAUGGACAUUUAAUUAAUGAAGUGGUUAAAGAUAUUUAUUCAAAGCCACUCCAUCAAGAUCCUGAAAUACUCACACUGGUUUCUGAUCUUAUGGCAGAUCAAGAUGUCAUCGCCACUGCUUUACAACUCUCUGAGAACGAAGACAAACAUGAACUGUUCAAAGAAAUCAAACAAAACUUUAAGGUACUUAGAAGAGUGCGAAUGGCUACUAAUCGAGCCCUAUCCUUAUUCACAAAAAGUGUGUGGAGUGAAACCAUUAAUUAUCUCGUUUUUGCAAUAGCAGAAGCAAACAAAAUCAAAUUCGAUUUUCUUAAAAAUCAAGUGGUGAAUGAUUGUGAAAUGUUGUUAGACAAAGCUAUUGCACUCUAUUACUGUGAUUUAGUGGUUUUCAUGCAAUAUGAAGUUGAAGAGCCAAUGAGAAACAUUGUGAACUAUUGUGUCAAACCUGCCAUUGAUGUUGGCUCAACCACUGUUUGUAAAUAUCUCUACAAUAACUUGAUGCUCUUGAAAGAACAAUACAACAAUUGCCUAGUAGGGCACAGCUAUAAGGUUGAAGAUUUGAAAGCAAAAGUGAAUGGAAGAUUAUACUUUAAGAACAAUUACACAGUGGACAACAAACUCAUCCACAUCAAUACGGAUCAACAGGACGACCAAUAUUUUGUAAAAGAAGUCGAAGAAAGCAAAUCCAACUUUCUCUCAUCUCAUUCUCUCCUCCAGACUGCUGCCAAGAUUUUAGAAGAAUCGAAAUAUGUCCCUCUCGUGGACUAG